GUAUACGAGUAUAAAAAUGUCUAGGUAUUUAUUCGAUUUAUCUAGAUAAAACUACUUAGUUGCUCAUAAUGUUCACUAGUUCUAUGAACCAAUAUUUAUUACUUUUCAUAUUAUCAGCUUUAUAAGUGAUUUGUCAAACCAAAUCCAUCAAACAUGGUAUCCGCUGGAUAUAAACACAUUUAUUACAUUAUUUGUCUUGUAUUAAAUGUGAAAUCAAUAAUAGCAUUUACAGAAAUUGGGAGAGAUUAUCAUAUUUCAACAGGAACCAAAAUUAUUAUUAUUUCUGCUCAAUAUGGACCCACUAUCUUACCACAUUGGUGUAAAGUUAACCAUAACAUUAAAUAUACAAGAGAUGAUACAUGUGCGUUUACAGAAGUACAAGAAGCUCUGCCAUUUAAUGAAUGGGUAAGGCAAAUAAAAUUCGAAAACGAUUCCAGUAUUACAUAUUUAAAUUGGCACAGCUACAACAAAAACUAUUUUUUAAGAAUUAAUUUAAAGGACUCUACUUGCAAUGUGUGGACAAUCGAAGACAAGCAAAUUGAAGGUAUUUCUGUUAACACGUGUCUGGAAAAGUUAAGCCAAAAUAUGAACGACAGUAGCUACAUUCAAGAAGAUAAUGCCAAAAAAUUAGGUAGAAGAUAUAAAAACACGAUAAUUGCUGCAGGUGUUUCAAAUAUUCCCUAUACUCCAUCAAUUGAUGAUGAUACUUCCACUAAAUCGGAACCAUUUCACAACACAACUUUGGAUUCGGGAAAAUUUGAAUUACAUGCAUUACUCAUUUUGUUGGCUGUUACUGUUGGACUUAUGGUAUUAACAAUUUUUAUAGGUUUAGUAUAUAUUAUUUGGAGAAAAUGUAAAAGUAAAUACACUCCAACGUCACAUCAUGGCUAUUCACAUAUGUAUGGAAAUCCUAAUUUAACGGACAAUAAUAGUUUAACAAGUGACGGUUAUUUAUUGCCCAAAUCCAUCGAGCCACCCAUAUAUGAAGAUGUUAUAUAUGGCCCUCCGCUACCAAAGUAUUAAUACUUCAGGGAAAUGAGCUAGAAAUAGACCAUGUUCGGACACUCAAAUAUCCAGGUAGCUGACUACUUUUUUGUUAUUGUAGAAGAAUAGAAAAAAACCUGCCUGUUUCCUGCCUGUUCGCGUCCGUUUAUUAAUUAUUAACAAUUUAGUUCUACAAUCGCGAUUUUUUCGAUUUUUUGCACCCCAUUCAAAAGGUAAAUAGUUGACAUAAAACUACAAAAUUUAAUUGUUUAGGACAUUGAAAAACCUUCAAAAUGCCGUUUUUGGAAAGUUAAAAAGUUAAUUUGUUGCUAGGCUAUGGGUACAUAAUUCGCAAAUAUUUUACGGCUAUCCCUACCUUUUCUGUCUUUACAUGGCAAAUUACGUGUAGUAAAAUUCACACUGGUAUGGAUAUGUACAUAUUACUAGAAUGUCAUUCUACUUGACAAUGUCAUAACUAGCUUAAAGAGAUGGCUUUUGAAUGUUCUUGGAUUUUUUUUGGAACUGUUAUUUUUUGUAUAAUUGCAAAUUAUUAAUUCAGUUAAUAUGUGAUAAUUUUUUCACUAGCAAUGUAUUCAGUGAUUGUAAUAAUUUAUAUGUACCUACAACAAAAACUAAUACUCGACCGAGAAAAGAGGAAAAGUGUUAAAGUGAUUUUUUAAUAAUAUAUUGUUACUAUGGAACGCUUACAAUUUUGAACAUCUUUAACAACAAAAUACUUGGAUCACAGAAAAUAUCUUGAUGUAUUCUCUGCUUCUAUCUUCCAUAAAUAAUACACAAUAAAUAACUUUUUAUAAAGUUCACCUCUUAAAUCAAUUAUUUAUCAAAUACAGUAGAUAUCAAUAUUAUUUAAUCAACAACAAAAAAUAUUCCCGAUUCAUAUCAAAUAAUUAUUUAAAAUUGUCACUGAUUGUCAGUGUCUGACUGACAAUAUUCUAUUCGACUAAGUGCCUUGUAUGACAAAGAUAGAUUUGGAAAAAUUACCACGGACAUUGUGUUCAUUUUUUUCGAAUCCUAAAAAAUCCAAUAAAUAUUGUUGAAAAAUCUAAACGCAGAAUGAAAGACUAAAUUAUUACCGAGGGCCGAAAGUCCCUUAGAAUAAAUAAAAAGUUUAUUUUGAAUGAGAUAUUUGAAAUUAAAAAUAAUACUAAAUUUUCUCUUAGAUUUCAUCCCUGUAACUUAUUAAAAUAAACAUUAUAGAAGUUCUCAGGGGCUUUCGGCCCUCGCUAAUAACGUAAUAUUUCAUUCUGCGUUUAAAUUUUUUAAAAAUACUUAUUAGUUUUCUCAGGAUUCGAAAAAAAUUAAACCCCAUUUGAAUAGCAUUGCAGCCGAAAAAACGUACCGAUCCUCUUACAACUACCUAGAACUUUAUUGUUUUACCCAAAGUUGUGUAUUGGGGUACUUAACAAACCCUCAAAAUUUGAGACCGAUCCAUUAAUUAGUUUAAAAGUUAUUCUAUUUGUUUUUCCCAGAGACUUUUAUUUGCAAUAACAUAAGACAGAAAAUAAUGAAGAUAGGGCAAUUCUGCGUGUGCCAAAUAAAAGUAGAAAAGUGAUACUAUCAAAAUGUACUAAAAAAAGAUAAAAAAUUAUAUAAAUAUUCAAAAAUCUUAAUGCCAAACUUUUAAAAUUUUGUAGUUUAUAAACAUUUAGAGAAACUUUAAAAAUACUGUCCGUAAAAAAUCAUUUUACAUGUUAGAAAAGCUGGUGUUUUACACGAAUUUUUAAAAAUGUAGUUCAAUUGGUGACUACAUAGUCAUGGUAAGUGAAGGGAGAGCUGGGAGCCGACAAAUGCAUGAGUUCAAAAACUAAAAAAGGCAACUUAAAACUACUAAUCAUAGAAAAUUUAAGGUAUACUUUAAUAAAUAAAUUAUCUUCAAUAAAUAAAUAAUUCUUCUGAUAAAAAUAAUUUAUUUAUUAAAGUGUACUUUAACUUUUUCUAUGAUUGGGGAGCACAGAAGGAGCCUCCACGCAAGUGAUAUUAUAAGAACAAAAUGUCACUGGCGCUCCCUGGAAACGCCCUCGGGCGGCCAAUCCUUCCACCACUGAAUCCGAACAAACAAACGAGAAUCAACGAUUCUUCUCAGAGCCUACAUUGACAAUGAUGACCAUAAACAUUGAGGGUAUUACUUGUAAAAACAGGAAAUUUUGUCUGAACUGUAUCAAAUCCACAGAUGUGAUAUAUUAUGCAUACAAGAGACUCACCGUGACAUAUCAGCACAUAGACCUAGCGUUGAGGGAAUGCAGCUUAUCAUUGAACAUCCAAGUGCAAAGUACGGAAGCGCCAUCUUCGUGAAAAGAGAUAUUGAUAUAACAUCAGCUCAAAAAACAUGCUACAAUGACAUUGAAAUUCUGACCGUCGAAAUAGGAGCCUGCACAGUUACAUCUGUGUAUAAACCACCCUGGAGAGACUUUGUUUUCUCCCCUCCAAAAAAUUUCGCUUCUCAAAAAACCAGAUUCAUUCUCGGGGAUUUUAAUAGUCAUAAUGUUUAUUGGGGUUACGCUUCAACUGAUAAAAAUGGAGAUCUUGUGGAAUCGUGGGCUAAACAAAACAACCUGGCACUGCUGCAUGACCCAAAACUGCCAUAUUCAUUCCAAAGCAAAAUAUGGAAGAAAGGUUACAACCCUGAUCUCACCUUCAUCAGCAUGUCUUUAGAGGACCGUUGCGUCAGAAAGAUAUAUAAGCCUAUACCAAAGACACAACAUAGGCCCGUGGGAAUAUCCGUAUACAGCGCUAUAAAAGCUCCCAAAAUCCCUUUCAAACGAAGGUUUAAUUUCAAAAAAGCGAACUGGGAAAAAUAUACUGAUGAAUUGGAAACACAAGUGAAAAAUAUAGUCCCGAUUCCCAAAAACUAUGAUGCGUUCAUCAAACUUGUAAAACGAACCUCAUGUAAACACAUACACAGAGGAUGUCAAAAACAUUACAUAUCUGGUCUGAACGAUGAAGCAAAAGACAUUAUGACAAAGUACACCGAUGAAUAUAGUAAAGACCCAUUUAACGAAGUUACGGCAGAGAUAGGGGAGAGACUGCAGCAAAUACUAAGCGCCUCCAGACAAGAACGGUGGAGCAAAACUUUAAGUAAAAUGGAUAUGACGCACAGUAGUAAGCAGGCUUGGAAUAUGAUCAGAAAUCUUAAUGGUGAUCCCACAGAGGUGAAAGAGCCAUGUGCAAUAACGCCAAAUCAGAUAGCCCAAUAACUGUUUCUGAAUGGCAAAACAAACAAUCGUUGCAAAACGCCAAAGAUUAUAAGAACUCAAGACCAGGAAACAACUCUCUUACGAAACCCAUUUACCAUCGAAGAGCUUAAAAAUGGUAUUGACUGUAUGAAAAAUGGAAAAUCCCCUGGGGUGGACGAAAUCCUAACAGAGCAGAUAAAACACUUCGGGCAAAAAUCGAGACAAUGAGUGCUCGAUCUAUUUAACAUCUGUCGCUCUACCUACCAGAUUCCACAAAUGUGGCGUAAAUCAAAAGUAGUAGCCCUUCUGAAAUCUGGUAAAGACCCUGAACUACCGAGUAGCUACCGUCCGAUAUCUCUUCUAUGUCAUUUAUAUAAAUUGUAUGAACGCCUCAUUUUGAACCGCAUCCAGGAAACAUUAGAUGCAAGACUAAUCCCACAGCAAGCAGGCUUCAGGCCAGGUAAAUCAUGCACAGGCCAAGUGCUGAACCUAACAGAGCACAUAGAGGAGGGAUUUGAGCAGAAGGAGAUGGUGGAAGUAGCCUUGAUAGACCUCACAGCGGUCUAUAAUACGAUAAACCACAGAACCUUGCUAACUAAGAUCUAUAACACUGUGUUUGACUAUGAUCUGGUAAAUAUCAUUAGAUCACUUUUGUGUAAUAGACGCUUCUACGUUGUGCUAAAUGGAAAAAAGAGCAGAUGGAGAACCCAAAAAAAUGGCCUACCUCAAGGAAGCGUUCUGGCGCCGUCCCUAUUUAACAUCUACACCAAUGACCAACCAAUGCACCCUCGGACUGAGAGUUUUGUGUACGCUGACGACCUUGGUAUCGCCGUAAAGGGGAAAACACUCACACAAGUAGAGUCGACAAUGGAAGAGGCUUUAAACAUGAUGUCAACUUACUACAAAUAAAAGUCAUUAAAGCCAAACCCAACUAAAACCCAAGUAUGUGCAUUCCACCUCAACAACCAUCUGGCGCAUGUAAAACUGAAUGUUUCUUGGGAGGGAACACGCUUGGAACAUACUGAUAGGCUUAAAUAUCUUGGAGUGAUACUAGACCGGUCACUAACGUAUAAAUUCCACUGUCAGAGCACAAGACAAAAGGUUUCUACGAGAAACAACCUUCUCCGGAAACUUGUAGGGAGUAAGUGGGGUGCAAACCCCCGGUCUUAAAGUCAACAGCUGAGGCCUUAUGUUUCUCAACAGGGGAAUAUGCUUGUCCCGUCUGGGGUAGAUCUACACACGCCCAACAAGUCACCACGGCGUUAAAUGAAAUAUGUAGAAUAAUUACCGGUUGUAUGAAGCCUACCCCUCUACCAUCACUGUACCGGGCAACUGGAUUCGCAUCACCAGACGACCGUAGAUGCGCCUCACAAUAUGUGGAGAAGUUCAGGCAAACUUUCGAUGAAAGGCACCAAUUAUACAGGUUUGACGAACCGCCAGGAACCAGUCGACUUAAAUCACGGAAAAGGUUUAUGAGAAAUAUCAGCGUCGAACCACCCGAACUGUUCCCCCUACAUCCAGAACGACCUAAUGGAAUGAACCUGGACUGGAAAACCUGGCGGACACUCAACCGCAUACGCACAAGUGUUGCCCCUGUAAAACAGAACCUCAUUAAAUGGGGCAUCAAGACAGAUAACGACGCACUUUGUGAAUGUGGGGAAAUACAGAGCGUGGAGCAUAUGAGAGUAUGCAGACUUUGCCCAUCACAGUGCACCCUCGAUGAUUUAUGCCUCGCAAAUACAAAGGGUGCAGACGUAGCUCGAUAUUGGGCAGAAAAACUGUAGUCGGAUCCAGACACGAAAAAGUAAAAUUAAAGUUUUCUAUGAUUAUUAUUGAUUCUAUGAUUAAAAAAAUAGAUUCUUAAAAAAUAUUUUUUUAAGAAUUGUUUAAACAAAUUAGACUGUUUAUUAAUUAAUAAAUUUAUACACAAAUUACAUAUUUGUACGUCGAAAUUACAUACAAAUUAAAAAAAAAGAAAGAUCAAAAUACAUUGAGUUGAUCCGGAUAUACAGAAAAUUGUAUUAAUUUGAAAUUGCUUUUUCGCUAUUUUAACUCGGUGAAUUUGUAGGUUCCCCCUAGUAACCGUUUGAUUUACAUUUUUGACAAAGGGUACAGGGUGCUGUGAAGGUACAAAGAUUGAGCAAAUUUUUUAACAAAAAAUGCAAAUCCCAUUCUUUAAAAUGGCGUCAAUGAGAUUUCUUAAUUAUGAUAAACAAAUUAGUUGUGAAUUAAAAAUAACACAUGGCUAACUUGUUCCAAAUGAACACGGGCUAUUUUUUAUUUGAAAAUUCGUGUUAAAAUACUAGUUUUCAAAUAUAUAAAAAGAUUGUUUCUACGGACAAUAUUUUUAAAUUUAUUCCAUAUGUUUAUAAACUACAAAAUUUCAAAAAUUUGGCAUUAGGAGUUUUGACUUUAUAAAUUAAAUACAUUUUGAUACUUUAACUCUUCUUCUUUCAUUUGGCAUACUCAGAAUUGCCCUAUCUUCAUUAUUUUCUGUCUUAUGUUAUUGAAAAAUAAAGGUCUCUGGGAUAAACAAAUAAAAUAAAUUUUAAACUAAUUACCUAAUGGAUUAUUCUCAAAUUUUGAGGGUUUGUUAAGUACCAAUACACCAAACUUUGGGUGAAACCUUAAAAACUUAAAUUUUUAUUUAUUUUGCAAUUUGCGAAGAAACAAAUUGACUUUUAACAUUCAAAAAUUGGUUAUUUGUAAGCUUUUCAAUGUUUUUUUUAUUUUCUAAAAAAUCAAAUUUUGUAAUUUUAUGUCAACUAUUUAGCUUUUUAAAAAGUGCAAAAAAUCUAAAAAAUCGCGUUUUUGCACUAAAUUGUGAGUAAUCAAAAAACGGACGCGAACUCUAGGCAGAAAAUAGGUAGGUUUUCUUCUUAUAGGUCUACAAUAACUAAAAAAGUAGUAGUAUAGUCAGCUGCCUGGAUAUUUGAGUGUCUUUAGAAAAGGUCUGUGCUACUUUGUCUACGUUGAUAACUUCGCCUGCGGGGGCGUUGGGUGAAUUGAAUAGCUCAGCGUUCACGUUGCCGGUCCUAAGCCCGGAUAAAGAAGGAAGGUUCUCGGGUGAGGCUAGUAACCUACCCGGGGUAAAAGGAAAGCGUACUCACAGACCCGGAAAAAUGCCUCGGAACAGGACUGAUUCAAAGUUAUUUUUAUCAAAAAGUAUAAUUGUGUAAUAUUUAUACAAUUAUUAUAGUCUAAUAAAAUAAAAAAAAAGUCAAAAUGUAAAUUCGUACAGGUUAAAACAAAUUUUAUAUCAAAGUUUAGGUGGGUACAAAAGAUAUUUUCAAGAAAGUAUCCAAAUCAUACAAGGGGAUCAUUGUUUAAAUAAUUAAAAAGGGGUCAUUUUUGCAAAAAAAAUACUUUUUUAACUGCUGAGGUAAUCCACUUAUCGAUGAAGGUCUACGGGAUUUUUUUCUGCAAAAAUGAAGAGAAAAUCUUUCACAUAAGACUUUCUAGAUUAAAUUUGACCCCCUAUUUAUUUAAAUAAUUGUAUAUAAAACUUUAAAAACAAAUUUGCAAAAAAAAUAUUUUUAGCGUUUUAAAUAAGCACUAUAAAAUAUCUUUUUUCACAGACUAAGUUGCACUAUGUUACCAAUAUUAAGCAAAAAAAAAUUGGUCAAAAAAUAUUUAAUAUUUUUUGAGAUAUUGAAUUUGUUUAUUAAAUGUUACUAUAUUUUCAAUUGAAAAAACGCGGUUGUUGUCAAAGAAAUAUUCACCUGCUUAAGAUCUCAUUAUUUUUAUUUUUAUGUAUAUUUUCGAUAAAUGUAUUGAUAAAUUCAAAUUUCAAUUAAACUCCCCCCUAAAAUGGCAUUUGAAAAAUAUUCAAAUUUGUUUAUAAUUUGUUUUUUUUAAUAACGUCGCGGGGAUUAAGUAUUUUGGAAUGUCGUUUCGAUAAUUGGGUUCCUGGGAAUUUUUUACUAAUUAAAAAAAUAUCUUUGUCGUUUUUUCUUCUUCUUUUUUUCUUGGAGUUAUAUUACUACGGGCCCUUUUAGGGUUAAAUUUUAUUAAGAAUGUCGAAUCUCUGAGUUCUAGAUGCUAGAUCUAAAAAUAUUAAGAUUUAACUAAAAUCUCUUAAAUAAAAUGUGGCUACUUACUGAGUUACAGGGCGUUUUAUUUAAAAAUUUAAAAAUUAUUUUUACCAUGUACUUUAAAACUAUUUGACGUAUCCUUAUCAUACUUGGCAGAAAGUGUAGCUAUUAUACACCCUACUAAAUUGUGAUUAAUAAACGUUUCUAGCUAGUGCCAGAGGCGUACGACAGGGGAUAGUGAAUGAUUGACCCUUCCCAAAUUCUACGCCACUGAGUGAAUUACUAUUUUAGCGAAAUUUUUCGAUUCUCCAAUACUUUGUAUGUAAAUAACUUUAUUGGUAUCGAUAAAGUCAUCAGUUUGAGAGAUAUUGGAAGUUUAAAAUGAAUGAAUGAAUGAAUCAAAAUAACUAUGCCGUUUCAUUUUUAACGUCCAAUAUCUCGAAAACUAAUGACUUAAUCGGUACCAGUAAAGAGUAUAUUAUUUACAUAGAAAGUAUUAGAGAAUCGAAAAAUUUCGCUAAAAUAGUAAUUCCCUCAGUGGCGUAGAAUUUGGGAAGGGUCAACCAUUAACUAUCCCCUGUCGUACGCCUCUGGUAGUAGCUAGAAACUUUUGUUUAUCACAAUUUAGUAGACUCUAUAGUACCCACACUUUCUGCCAAGUAUGAUAAGGAUACGUCAAAUAGUUUGAAAGUACUUGGUAAAAAUAAUUUUUAAAUUUUUAAAUAAAACACCCUGUAACUCAGUAAGUAGCCACAUUUUAUUUAAGUGAUUUUAGACCAAUCUUAAUAUUUUUAGGUCUAGAAUCUACAACUUAGAGAUUCGACAUUCUUAAUGAAACUUAACCCUAAAAGGGCCCGUAGUAAUAUAACUCCAAGAAAAAAAAAGAAGAGGAAAGACAAAAAAAUUUGUUAAUUAGUGAAAAAUUCCCAGGAAUUCAAUUAUCGAAACGGUAGUUCAAAAUGUUUAGUCCCCGCGACGUUAUUAAAAAAAAUAUAUAAAAAAAUUUGAAUAAUUUUCAAAUGCCAUUUUAGGGGGAAGUUUAAUUGAAAUUUGAAUUUAUCGAUACAUUUAUCGAAAAUAUACAAGAAAAUAAAAAUAAUAAGAUUUAAUACAGGUGAAUACUUCUUUGGCAACAACCGCGUUUUUGCAAUUGAAAAUAGAGUAACAUUUAAUAAACAAGUUCAAUAUCUCAAAAAAUAUUAAAUAUUUUUGGACCAAUUUUUUUUUUGUUAAUACUGAUAACAUAGCGCAACUUCUCCUGUAAAAUAAGAUAUUUUAUAGUGCUUAUUUAAAACGCUAAAAAUAAUUUUUUGCAAAUUUGUUUUUAAAGUUUUAUGUAUAAUUAUUUAAAUAAAUAGGGGGUCAAAUUUAAUUUUGUAAGUCUGAUGUGAAAAAUUUACACUUCAACUUUGCAGAAAACAGUCCUAUACACAUUAAUUAGUAAUUGAAUGACCUCAGCAGUUAAAAAAGUAAGUUUUUUGCAAAAAUGACCCCUUUUUAAUUAUUUAAAUAAUGAUCCCCUUGUAUGAUUUGGAUACUUUCUUGAAAAUAUCUUUUGUACCCACCUAAACUUUGAUAUAAAAUUUGUUUCAACCUGUACGAAUUUACAUUUUGAUUUACAUGUAGCGUAAUUUUAUUUUACUAGACUAUUAUUAGUAUAAUUAACUGUAUAAUCAUUGGUUUAGUAUUUAAUAUAUUAUAUCAUAUUGUUAAUUUUUUUGACUUAUUUGUUUUAAAAUAAAUCAAUUAAGUGCUUAUAUGUUGUUAUUUGUAAUAAAUGUAAAAAUUAUAAAUUGUAAAAUCUUA